AACGCCAAACCUUUUGCCGCACGGAACGUCAUACAAGGGAUUAACGGUAGCUCGGUGGUGCUCUUUUGUUUCGUUGUGUUUUAUGUCUUUAUGUGACAAAUUAUAAGUGUUAAUAAAAUAUAAAAUUGUAAAAAUUUAUAGUGUAAAAUCUACAAAAACAAUUCUUGUGCAAUAUGGAAAAUUACGACUUACCUCCGUCAGGCGUACCGAAGGGAGAAAAUGCAAAUGUCAUUUCUAACCCCGUCGAAAGCCACUCCCCGAUUCGUCGCGAAUUAGAUUCAGUGGAUGAUUUUGAACAUCUCGAUCACGAAGCUAUUUCAAUUCAAAACCAAGCAGGUGACAACGAAGGCCAAUUAUUAGAUUUUCUUAAAUCUGACAUACCACAACAACCACCAAAAACACAAAAUUUCGGGCUAAUGGACGAUUUACAUUCAUUUCAAGGUGAUACUCAUGAUAAGUUUACUUCUAGUGCACAGAAAGAUCCCUUUUUCUCUGGCCUGGAUGCGUUCACUGGGGGCGGUAAUGGUGGUCAUGUGUCAAAUGUCAUAGAUUCUACUAAAUCUUUCAUGGAUUUUGAAAGGCAACCAUUAGCACCAACGUCGAAAGAAUCAGAUUUCAAAGAUACAAAAUCACCCGAUUAUGGCUUCGACGAACCUCCCCCAGCUACAAAAUUCGACGAUGACGAUGACGACGACGAUGAUGAAUUUCAGUUUAAAGACUUCUCGAAGAAAAAGGAUGAUUUCGGAGAAAGCAAACCUGUGCUAGAUGAAUUCAAGGAUUUUUCGGGCACCGAUAUGUCCUUCGCUCAAUCUACGUUUAGCGAUGCAAUCGCAGAACCAAAGCAGCCUAAACCAGUUUUUGAAGAAUCUAAAACACAAAUUCUGGAACCUAAACCCGUUGAGAAACCUGUAGAACCUGCGCCUGCUAUAUUAGAACCUGAAAUUAAAUUGAAUCCAUUGCGUGAGCCUUCGCCAGAACCUAUCCGCGAGCCUUCCCCUGAGCCCGUUCGCAAGCCUUCGCCGGAACCAAUUCGCGAACCCACACCAGAGCCUCCGCGCGAGCCUACACCGGAACCUUUGCCUAAACCUACACCUGAACCACAGGUGUUCAAAAAGCAAGAAGUUUCUACAAAACCGAAAACUGAACCUGAAUUGCCGGUAACGAACGAUAAAGUUUUAACUAAACCAAUUCCAAAGAAAGAAGAACGUGAAGUCAUCGCCGCCGAGGCAAUGUUCUGUCAGAUGGGACUCGAUGCAUGGUUCAAUCCAGAGCGACUGAAUCCGAAGGUGGAAUCGCUGAUUUACUGGCGUUGUCCGCGUAAGUCUGGCAUCGUAUUCGGCGUGUCCCUCGCCCUGCUGCUGGCGUUAUCAUGCUUCUCCCUAAUCAGCGUGUUGGCGUACGCUUCCCUCACAGCCGUCUGCGGCUGCAUGGCCUUCCGUAUCUAUCGCAACGUAUUGCAAGCUGUUCAGAAGACGUCUGAUGGCCAUCCUUUCAAGGAGCUGUUGGAAACAGAUGUCAGUGUGUCCCAAGAAAAAGCCCAACAGGUUGCCACAGUUGCCGUCACCCACCUGAACGCUGCAGUAUCUGAGCUUCGUCGUCUCUUCCUGGUUGAAGAUUUGGUCGACUCAACUAAAUUCAUUGUUCUUCUUUGGUGCCUCACAUAUUUGGGUGCUUGGUUCAACGGAAUGACUUUAAUCAUUAUUGCAUUUGUUGCGCUCUUCACUCUGCCCAAAGUUUAUGAAACUAACAAAACACAAAUCGAUGCCAAUCUCGAUGUCGUUCGAAGCAAGUUACAAGAAAUUACUUCCAAGGUAAAAGCAGCUGUACCAAUUGGAAAGAAAGCUGAAAGUGAUAAAGAUAAAUAAGCACAAAAAAUUAUAUUUAUAUAAUAAUGUGGAUAUUUAAUUGUAUAGCGAUAUACAUAACUCUUCAAACAUAACCACACCCUUUUUAACAAUAAUUAAAUCAACUAAAUAUGAAAUAUAUAUUAUAUAUGUUCGAUUGUUUGGACAUAUCGAAAGCUAUAUGUGAAUAUUGCAAAUCGAAUUGAUUUGUAGUAUAUAUGGAAUCAAUUUUUUUUCAUGAUGAACCAAUUACG